CACACUCUGCUCAUCUCUGCUUCGAACGUUCACGGAGACACGAGGCUGGAGGCUGCAGCGCUAACCCUAGCCGGCGUCGGCGGUGGCGGCCAGCGGGAGGGGAGCUGCCAAACGCCUAACCCUAACGGCUGCAGGCGGCUGGGCGCAAGGCAUCCGUGGCCAGCGUGCCGCGCGCACGAGCGGACAGUUGCGGCGGCAGGGGCGCAGGGCGCGACCUCGGCGCGGUGGGCGCGGGCGCACCGCUGAGCAGGCUGUAGGGGGAGGUGGGAUUGGAUUUUUUUUGACGUGGAAGUUGGAAUACUCAAGUUGGAAAUUCUGCUCCUCCACUGCCGCCGCCGCUCGCCACGUGCUCGGGUCUAGACUCGUCGGUUUAUUCGCCAGGUCUUCGUUGUGCCCUUCGCCGGCGACCAGCACGCACCAGUUACUGGGUCACGCAUGUCGUCUGCUGCUGCGGUGGACGAGAUGGAGCUGGACGGCAUUGAGCGGCACCGGGAUAAGGAGAGGAGGGAGAGGCAUAGGAGGGAGGAGAAGGAUCACAAUGGCAGUGGAAGAAGGGACAGGGAGAAAGAGAAGGACGACCGGAGAAGGGACAAGGAUGAUGGCAAGCAUAGGGAUAGGGAUAGAGAUAGGGAGAGAGACAGGGAUAAGGAUAGCAAGUACAGAGACCGGGAUAAGGAGCCAGAGCGUGAACGUAACCGUGACCGUGACCGGGGCAAAGAUCGGGAGCGGGAACCAGAUCGGCAGCGUGACAAGGACCGUAGCAAAGACCGGGAUAAAGAAGCAGAGCGUGAUAAGGAAAGGGAGCGGAGGGACAGGGAUAAGGAGAGAAGCCGCAAUAGAGACAAGGACAAGGAUAGGACGCAGAGGGAGGAUAGGGAUCACGAGAAGUCAAGGGUGAAGGGUCGUGGAGAAGACGAAGCAGAUUUAUCCAAGGGCGACAAGGGGGUUCAGAAGCAGAGAGUUGAUGCCUCAGGGGAUGCUGAGCAGCCCGCAGCAGAUGAGCUCAGAGAGCGCAUUGCAAGGGCAAAGGAGGAAAGAUUGAAGGAGAAAAAGGAAGGAGGGAUACUGGAUGGUAAUGACGGGGCUUCUGAGAUACUGUCUUGGGUGGGAAAGAGUCGUAAACUUGAUGAAAAAAGACAAGCUGAAAAGGAGAAAGCAUUACGUCUUGCACGAGCACUGGAAGAACAGGAUAAUAUCUUGGCAGAAAAUGGCGAUGACGAUGAUGACGAUAAAGAGGAAGAUACACAAGUGGGAGAUCACUUAUCUGGUGUCAAGGUGCUUCAUGGCCUUGAUAAGGUUUUGGAAGGUGGUGCAGUUGUCAUGACUCUCAAAGAUCAGAGUAUUCUUGCCAAUGGGGAUAUCAAUGAAGACGCUGACAUGCUUGAGAACAUUGAGAUUGGUGAGCAGAAACAAAGAGAUGAAGCUUAUAAGGCUUCAAAGAAGAAAGGAACUUAUGAUGACAAGUUCAACAAUGAUUCAUCGUCAAAAAAGUCGAUACUGUCACAUUAUGAUGACCAAAUGGAAGAUGAGGGCGUGACCCUUGAUGAAGGUGGACGUUUCACUGGUGAAGCAGAAAAGAAGCUGGAAGAGCUUCGGAAAAGGAUUGAAGGUGGUUAUGUUCAGAAAAAGACAGAAGACCUUACUUCCACCACAAAGAUAUCAACAGACUAUUUUACCCCUGAUGAAAUGCUUAAAUUUAAAAAACCAAAGAAAAAGAAAUCCCUGAGGAAGAAGGAGAAGCUGGAUCUGGAUGCACUUGAGGCAGAAGCAAUUGCUUCUGGAUUGGGGGCCGCUGAUCGUGGGUCGAGGAAUGAUGGAAAGAGACAGUCUGCUAGGGAGGAAGAACAAGCGGCUGAUGCUGAAAAGAGAAGCAGUGGUUAUCAAACUGCCAUUGCAAAGGCUGAAGAGGCAUCAAGAGCAUUGCGCGGGGAGAAAACUGCACCUGCUAAACCAGCUGAAGAACUUGUUUUCGGUGAUGAUUAUGAAGAUCUGCAGAAAUCUCUAGAGCAAGCAAGAAAGUUGGCCCUAAGGAAGCAGGAAGAGGCUUCAGCUUCUGGUCCUCGUUCCAUAGUCGAACUGGCUACUGCAACCAAGAGCCAAGAGGAAACAGAAGCCACAGAAGGAGAUUCAGAACAGAAUAAGGUUGUUAUCACAGAGAUGGAGGAAUUUGUGUGGGGACUGCAAUUGAAUCAAGGAACACGCAAGCCAGAAGACGAUGUGUUUAUGGAUGAAGAUGAUGAUGCCAUGCCUUCAGAUAAUGUUGCAAAAGAUGACACUAAUGGGUUGGCAGAGAUGGAAGAGGAUGCUCUGACAGAAAUACCAGCCAAGGUCGAAGAGGAUGAAGUCAAACCAGAUGAGGUUAUACAUGAAGUUGCAGUAGGAAAGGGUUUAGCUGGUGCUUUAAAGAUUCUUAAGGAGCGAGGAAGCCUCAACGAGGGAACAGAUUGGGGAGGCAGAACAACAGACAAGAAAAAGAGCAAGCUUAUAGGUGUCGAGGAUGGACCUAAAGACAUUCGCAUUGAAAGAAUAGAUGAAUUUGGCAGAGUGAUGACACCUAAGGAGGCAUUCCGUCAUCUUUCGCACAAGUUUCAUGGCAAGGGGCCUGGUAAAAUGAAACAAGAAAAACGCCAGAAGAAAUAUCAUGAUGAGCUGAAAACCAAGCAUAUGAAAUCUUCUGACACACCAUUAUUGGCCGCGGAAAAGAUGAGAGAGGCUCAAUCUCGUAAUCAAACACCAUACCUCAUUUUAAGUGGCAAUGCAAAAACAGGUCAAACAAGUGAUAGCGGCGGCUAUGCUACCUUGGAGACAGAGCAACCUGGGAGCCUAACGCCCAUGCUUGGGGACAAAAAGGUCGAGCAUUUUUUGGGCAUCAAACGAAGUGCCAAGCCUGGAAGCUUACCUCCUCCAGUCCCAAAGAAACCGAAGAACUGAACCUGGUGGUAGCACUCAGCCAACGAAGCAGGCUACAACGCAUUUACUGUGAGCAGCAAUCAGCCCACAAGCUUCCACGGCUCAACCCCCCGCCGCCGCACUAGAAAUGCAAUAUCCUCUGUAUUUCUUCUAAGCUGAUUACACUAACAUUCUGGCAUGUUCGAUGGGGUUUUGUAAUUCAGUGAUAUACGUGUGCAUCCUUGAUCUGCCUUGAACAUGUAAGUGAUGGAACUAAAUAUUGUUCUAACGACACACCGUUUCCGUUUGAAUAAAGUGUAGUUAUGAUGUGACGGUUUAAGGUU